AAAUAUUGGAUUAAGUGGUUUUUAUUUUAAAAUCUAAAAUAAUCUAAAUAUUAAAUUCAACAAUUGUGAUUCAUAGUUCAGAUAUUACCUGUAAUAUUAAUUGGGUAUUUGGUUUAGUGAAGAUUUUUAUUUAUUUUUCAGCCGGCUGCUCACUUGAUCAUCAUGCCACGAGAAAUUAAGGACAUCAAGGAUUUUCUCCUAAAAGCACGCAGGAAAGAUGCUAAAUCUGUGAAGAUAAAGAAAAAUCCAGAGAAUGUAAAAUUCAAGGUUAGAUGCUCCCGGUUUCUAUACACACUGGUCAUCACAGACAAGGAGAAAGCAGAGAAGCUGAAGCAGAGCCUACCUCCAGGUCUACAAGUCAAAGAAGUGAAGUGAUGUGACAUAGGCUAAGCUAUUAAAAAAUUUAACAUA